CUCAAAUGCAAUAUCAGUCAUUUGCAUUUGAGCCGCUUUCGUCCAGUCUUCUUGCAGUCUUUUCCACGCGGAAUCAGAAUAAUCGAGCAUUGACUGAGUGCAGUUCCUAUCUAUCUAAAGCAAAAUAUUCGUUAAAUUCUUCUUGCAGUUAUUCCACGCGGAAUCGGAAGAAUCCAGCAUUGACUGACUGCAAUUCCUAUCUAGCUAGAGCAAAGUUUUCAUCUGUGCUGAAUACGAUGAUGUUAUAAUAUAGGUACUAAAUCGUUAGACUCCUCCAUCAAAUUUCGUAGUUUCUUUCCCUGCUUCAAUCCAUGGCUCCUAUUCAGAUACACUCUUUCAUUUUCCUUCUCAUUCAGAUUCUCUUCUGCGCUUCAGCACAGAAGCAGCAGAAUAUCACGCUUGGCUCCACUCUUAGUCCUUCCCAAAAUUCCAAAUGGGUUUCAUCAAAUGGACAGUUUGCUUUUGGAUUAUAUCCGCUAACUCCAACUCUUUACGUGGUAGGCGUUUGGUUUGACAGUGUAAUUCCCAAAACUCUGGCUUGGACAGUUCUCAAGGAAAACAAGCAUAUUCCUGUUGGAAAGAAGUCUAGUUUGCAGCUUAAAGAAAACGGUCUCAGGCUGAAUGACGAUCGAAAAAAUGUAUUGUGGUCAUCUGAGUCCUCUGACAUAGCGACGGCUGUAAUGCUUGACAAUGGUAACUUUGUGCUGCUAAAUGCAUUUUUUGAUAUCAUCUGGCAGAGCUUUGAGUAUCCUACGGACACCCUCCUGCCCGGUCAGACGCUGAAGUCCAACUCUAACUUGUUUUCCAAGGCCUCAACUACAAACUUCUCAGCAGGCCGAUUUGAGCUUUCCAUGCAAACGGACGGCAAUUUGGUCCUUUAUGCUGUGGAGCGGAGGGGCACUCCUGAAGGCGCGUACUGGGAUAACGGACAACUUAUGCAGCUAGUAAGCUUGGAAUUCGACCCGAGCGGGCUCUUGUAUUUAGUAAACAGUACCAACAUGAAUGUUUCCAAGGUCGCAGAGGGCAAGGCUGGAGACGGGCGGUUUCUUCGCAGAGUGACGCUCGAAAUUGACGGAACGCUUGCACAGUAUGUGUGGAACAUGGACGUCAAUAAUUCUUCUUGGUCUUCUGUAUGGCAGCCUUUGAAAGAUCCAUGUAAAGACGUCAAGGGUCAGUGUGGAAACAACGGCAUUUGUCGAUUAACUGACCAGAACAAGCCAGACUGCAUUUGUCCUCCUCAAUUCAAUUUUAUCGACAGGCAGGACCAUUUUAAGGGAUGCAUGCGAAGCUCAUCGCCAGGGCAGACUUGCAGUACAAAGAGGACGAUGUCUCGGCUUGACAACACAAACUGGCUGCGGGGAGUCGAUACUGAUAGCGAUUAUUCUGUAAUGCUGGAUCUUAGUGAAAUUGAAUGCCAGCAGUCUUGUUUAAACGAUUGCAUGUGUGUUGUGGUCACAUAUGACAACGCUGUUCGCAGGAAGAAACGGUUGCCUCUGAGCGACGGCCGCCAAGCUUUGGAAAUUACUACUAAAGCUUUUGUGAAAGUAUCUGACAGCUUCAACACAGACUCUGCUUUACCUCCGCUAACAGAGCAGAGAAGGGAAAGAAAGGGAAAGACGCUUGUAGUGAUUGGCAUAACACUCCUGGGUUGUUCCUCAUCUCUUCUUGUAGCGGCCUUCUUAGUGACGUGGUUAUGCGGCAGCAAGCUCCGCCCCGGGAAAGGAAAAAUUACUCAGAAGCAUAAAGUUGUGGAGGGAUUGAAGGCCUUCUCUUUCAAAGAAAUGGAGGCUGCUACAGCUGGUUUCAGACAAGAAUUAGGAAGGGGUGCCUUCGGUAAAGUUUACAAAGGCCAGUUGCCGGAUGGGAGAGCAAUUGCUGUGAAAAAUCUUCUUGAGAACGUGACGCAGGAAGAACAUGGAGAGAGGGAGUUCAGGACAGAGAUGAGCGUGAUUGGUACAAGCCAUCACAAAAAUCUGGUUCAGCUUUAUGGUUUCUGUGACGAGGGUUCUCAUCGGCUUCUGGUUUACGAGUACAUGAGUAAUGGAUCUCUGGACACCGCUCUAUUCGUAGAUAGCGCAUUUCUUGAAUGGAGGACACGUGUUAAGAUUGCAAUGGGCAUAGCUAGAGGGCUCCUCUAUUUGCACGAAGAGUGCAAGACCCAGAUCCUGCAUUGUGACAUAAAGCCCCAAAAUAUUUUGCUGGAUCAAAAUUACAGUCCUAAAAUAUCCGACUUUGGUCUGGCAAAAUUAUUGAAGGCAGAUCAGACUGCAACACUCACGGCUGCCCGGGGAACAAAGGGUUACAUUGCGCCUGAGUGGAUUAAUAAAAUGCCAAUUACUGUGAAAGUAGAUGUUUACAGCUUUGGGGUGAUGCUGCUGGAAAUUGUUUGUUGCAGGAAAACCAUGGACCUGGGUGCUCCAGAGAAUAAAAUCCUUUUGUCCGAUUGGGUUUAUGAAUGCUUGAAGCAUGGUAGACUCUCUGAGCUGGUGGAGCAGCAGCAAGUAGAAGGUGAAGGCAGCAGAAUCGAUUCGAGGCAGUUGGAGAGAAUGGUGUUGGUGGGGCUGUGGUGCAUUCAGGAAGAUCCAGCUCUAAGGCCUUACAUUAAAAAGGUAGUGCAGAUGAUGGAAGGAACAGUUGAGAUCGCAGUGCCACCAGCUCCAGGAUCUUUUGUUGGCUCGUUGUCUCUGUAAAAUGAAUUCAAUGUUAUUUCAUGACAAAAAUGCUGCAGCCUGUUUUCUCAACUCAAUAUAAGGAUUUGAGAAUAAAUAAAUGUAAAAUUUCACCUCUUGUAAAUGCGUUUGCCUGAUAUUUUCUAAAUUCAUCGUUGAUUUGUUGUUUUCUGUUUUCAA